AUGUGGGGGAGGAAGAGGGAUGGAGGAGGGGGAGGAGAGGAGGUGGGGGUGGGGGGGGACACGCGGCACGCGGCAGGUUCAGCGCGUGUGUGUGCGCGUGCCUUUGACGUCCUCAACUCUGCGCGUCUGAAUCAUCGACAAACGACACAAACAGUUGCCAUGGGGAAGCAGAACUCCAAGCUGACUCCGGAGGUGAUGGAGGACCUGGUGAAGAACACAGAGUUUAAUGAACACGAGCUCAAACAAUGGUACAAGGGGUUCCUCAAGGACUGUCCCAGCGGCCGCCUCAACCUGGACGAGUUCCAGCAGCUGUACGUGAAGUUUUUCCCGUACGGCGACGCGUCAAAGUUCGCGGAACACGCCUUCAGGACCUUCGACAAGAACGGAGACGGAACCAUCGACUUCCGAGAGUUCAUCUGUGCUCUGUCCAUCACCAGCAGGGGGAGCUUUGAGCAGAAGCUGAACUGGGCCUUCAACAUGUACGACCUGGACGGAGACGGCAAGAUCACCAGGGUGGAGAUGCUGGAGAUCAUAGAGGCGAUCUACAAGAUGGUGGGCACGGUCAUCAUGAUGAAGAUGAACGAGGACGGUCUGACUCCUGCGCAGCGCGUCGACAAAAUCUUCAGCAAAAUGGAUAAAAACAACGACGACCAGAUUUCACUGGACGAGUUCAAAGAGGCGGCGAAAAGCGACCCGUCCAUCGUCCUGCUGCUCCAGUGCGACAUGCAGAAGUGA